AUGUCUCGUGGUCCUCUGCCCUCUCAGCUGUGCCUCCUCUCACAGUUGCCGACGUACGCAAUUCAUGACAAGGUGCGCUUCCUUGGAUGUGUGCUUGCAUAUUCAACAAGGGGUGCGAUUCUUCAGCUCGCCCAUGCAUACCCUAGAGACACCAAUGUCACGGCUUAUGUGGACGUGGGUCUUGUCCUAGAGACUUUGGGGGAAGAACAGACUCGUGUUGGUGAAUGGGUCAACGUUAUUGGAUAUAUCACAGUCAAGGCAGACGCUGCUUCUGCUCCAACUGCGCCUUCGACCUCUCCCCAGGCAGCUUCGGUUCAUAUACAAGCGCUAGUACUGUGGUCCACCGGACCACUCAACGUAGACCGGUAUGAGAUGACUUUUGAGAAGACAAACAAGGAGUAG